AUGCCUCGCUCCAAGAGAUUGCCUUGCGACGAUCCAGAAUGGACACGACGUAAGACUGCCAUUGAGAUGAUGUAUGUGGUCGACCGCCUAUCUCAGGAGAAGAUCAGAGACAAGCUUAAAGAAGAUGGAUUUCUCGUAACAAAGUCGGAACUUGAAGCCCAACUGCGCUUCUGGAAAAUUCGGAAAAACGCGAGUGCGAAUGUCUGGCGAUACACCGAUCACAUGCUUCUGAAGAGAGAGCAACAAGGUAAAGCCAGCGUGGUAUACUAUAACCGCAAUAAGAUCUCAUGCAACACACUCAAGAAGGAGCGGGGUCGUUAUCAGCUAGAUACGCUGACCAAGUACACGACAGCUUUGAGUCCAAAGACCCCCGAGGGCUUGGAACUUUGUAUCCGCACGCCAACUCCCGGGCCUGUGCAAUCAAUGUGGGCUUACACACUUCCGUGGAUACGAUUUCAAAACAAAGUGUUGCCUAGCAUGCUUUUGCAUUUAACACAUCAAAUACUCGAUAGUGAACUCCAACACCCUAGCAGCCGAGCGAGAUUGAAUCUCUCUCCUUUGCACCGGCAAUUCAAUGGACAGCCUUUUAGGAGUGCCUCUGAUUUCGCUGUUAAUGUCGCUUCCAUGAUGCCCGAGAAAGCGGAUAACGAAAUCACCAGCAGUGCGCAGCUCAUUUUGCAAGGACCAACCGACCAAGCCUUCAAUGAGCACGUUCAGCUUGUUUUGUAUUGCCUCUCAAACGAUAUGUACGAAAUCGACUGUGACGACACAACUUCCUGGGUCGCGGUUGUAAACCUUAUCGAACGCUCUGGCCUGACGAACCAGCCACUCGACUUAGCGCAAGAAAAGGAUCUGACUGUUACGUCUAUCACUGAAAAUCUGUUCAGGCUUUGCCUCGACUACAGGCGUACACAGGAGGCAAGCGCUAGUAGUGCUAGCAACUCAAGCGUGCUCUCAUGGCUUCUUGAAUCAGGCCAAGAUCCAAACGGGCAAGUGAUGAUUGCUUCUGAGGCUUGCAGGCCGCUUCAAGUUGCGACGGGGACUUGUGAUUUCAAACUCGCCAUGAAGCUCCUCGACGCCGGUGCUAAUCCAAACCUUCACUGCACUGACAAUUACCCGCCGCUUUUUGAGUUGUUGCGAGAUGAUCUGGGUCUGUAUUUGAAUAUGAUACCAGAGCAGCGUGAUAUCUUCAAAGACCUUGUUCUGCGGCUUUUAAAGGCCGGUGCCUCACUCAACGAGGGUCCGUAUUGCAGAGGGCCGUCUGCGCUCAUGUGGGCCGUUCGCUUGGACCUCCAAAUUGCAAAGAUACUCAUACAACAUGGCUCAAAAGUCGAGUAUCAGGAGCGACUCGAGCAAGAUAUGCGCAUCGACAUUACCGGGCACGAGUUCAUCAGAACACAAAGCGUGGUGGGAUUCGCAAUGUACGACAGCAACGAGAAAAAGGCCAUGAGAAAGAUUCGUUAUUUAGUUGGUCAUGUUCAGCGGUACCAUCCUGUGAUCUCUGUCGGCGAUCUCCUAGCUGCCGACGUUGUCUGCCUUGCUGGCUACUUUGGCUUCAACAAGGUCAUCAAUUACUGGUGCAGCUACCAGAACGAUUCAAACACCCGACAACAUGGCCUCUUCACGGCUCUCUGUGCUGCAUCGUUCAACGGGCAUCGGAACACCUGCGAGUUACUACUUCAGUGUGGUGCACCUAUCAAAAGUCCAGAAUGGCUUCAAGCGAUUCCGUCGCCACUUCACUUCGCAGCUUUAACGGAUCGUAAGCCUGUUAUCGAGCUUCUGUGUGAACAUGGAGCUGAUGUAAAUGCCGAGUUCGAGGCAAGUGAUGGUUUCGAUCACGAGAGAAAUUACAUGUGGAAUCGCGCCAUGAUGGAUCUCGGAUUGGGGGGGGGAUAA